AUGGAUUUUUCUGUUUCACAAAGAGACUUUGUGUUCGAACAUGAUGGCCAUCUGAGGGAUUUUUAUAAAAUUGGAAAUAAAAUAGGCGAAGGAGCCUUCAGCAAUGUCAGAAAAAUUAAAAACCGUGAAACUCAUGAAAAAAGAGCAGUAAAAACUGUUCAUAAAAAGAAAAUAAGAAAUGAGUCAGAGAGGGAAAUGAUUUAUAAUGAAGUAAAUUUGCUAUCAAAGCUGGACCAUCCCAACAUAUUGAAAAUCUAUGAGUUUUAUCACGACGAUAAAAACUAUUAUAUCAUCACCGAAUUUUGUUCUGGAGGCGAAUUGUUUGAAAAGAUUAUUCAAGAUGGGAAUCUAAGUGAAGGACUAGCAGCAAGCUAUAUGCGGCAAUUAUUAUCUGUGCUAGUAUACUUGCAUGAUAGACAUAUUGUUCAUAGAGACAUAAAGCCUGAAAACCUUUUAUUAAAUAGUUCAGGGCCUGAUUCACAUUUAAAGGUUAUUGACUUCGGGACUGCACAAAUAUGUCGUCCAGGAGAAAAGCUCCACUCAAGGUUUGGAACUCCUUAUUAUGUAGCUCCUGAAGUAUUAAGAAUGAGAUAUGAUGAAAAAUGUGAUAUAUGAAGCGCAGGAGUCAAUAUGUAUAUUUUACUGUCUGGGAUUCCACCUUUUGGAGGUAGUUCAGACCAUGAAAUAUUGCUUAAAGUGAAAAAUGGGAGACACUCGUUCCCAUCUCCUCAAUGGGAUUCUAUUUCAUUUGAAGCUAAAGAUUUAAUUGAAAAAAUGCUUGAAAUCGACCCUGACAGAAGAGUUUCAGCCAGAGAAGCCCUUGCACAUCCUUGGCUACUAAAUGCAGCUCGGUUUCAAAUUGACCAAAAUGCAGCUAGAUCUGCUUUGGGGAACUUAAAAAGCUUCAGAGCAGAACAAAAACUAAAAAAAGUCACAUUAGCCUAUAUAGCUUCACAGCUGGCAACAAAAUCAGAAAGAGAAGAAAUGGUUGAGCUAUUUGAAUCUUUAGAUACUGACGAAAAUGGCACAUUGUCACGUGAAGAGCUUAGACAUGGCUUUGAAUUAAUUUUUGGAUCAGAUUUUGAAGAUAUAGAUGGAGAAAUCAGCAGAAUCAUGGAUGAAGCAGACGUUAAUAGGUCAGGAGAAAUCGAUUAUAAUGAAUUUAUCACAGCUUGUUUAAGCAGACAAAAUCUUUUGUCACGGAAAAGACUAGAGGCUGCUUUUAAAGCUUUCGAUUUAGAUGGAAGUGGCACUAUUUCUGCAGACGAACUUAAAGAAAUUUUAGGAAAAUACCACAAGUAUGAUGACUCGUUUUGGCAAGACAUGAUUAGAGAAGCUGAUAUGAAUGGAGACGGGGUCAUUGAUUUGCCAGAAUUUGUAAAGAUGAUGCUUGAUCAGAAUUGUGUGAAAUUAUAA